AUGUUUUCAAAUCAAGUAGAACAACGUAUUCAAAAACGACCUGCUAUCGUUGGUGGAAAGUACGACGAUUUACAACACCAACAAUUGGUUGAUGGAAUCCCUAUAACUUAUAUCCUUGAGAAGUUACAUCAACUUGGACCUCGUUACUUUGGUGACAAAUCAACUGCAUUCGCUGAACUACACAUAGAAGGCCUCGACAAAAUUUUCUACGUGCACGAAGAAUAUUUAGUCCUACAAUCAUUAUUCUUUCGUGAAGUAUUUGAAGAUGUUAAUAAUGGUGAUAUAAUCACUAUCCCAAUUCCAUCUCCUGAAACUUUUGAACCGUUGUUAGAAUUUUUAUACAAUGGUGAUGCUGACAAAUGGUAUGAUACUUUAACUGUGGAUAAUUAUUAUGAUGUUCACCAAAACAUAAAAUAUCUUGGUCUCGGUCCAGCGGCUCAAGCUGUGGUUUUGGCUUUUUAUCAACAUGAGAUAGAACCGUUGGAAGAGGAAAUUAUGUUGAUGGAAUGGCAGUCUCUUAUAAGUAAAAGUCAACAUUCUACUCCUUACAAGCGUAUUUUAAUAUUUGACUGUAAAAAUAGUUUUAUGAAAUAA